CUGUAUCUAUGACCGGGUGCAUGGCGAUCCUCUAACCUAAAUAUGUAUACCUGGUGCAUCCGAGAUCAUUCACGAUAAUUGUUUAUUUUCGCGAUAACGCUACUUAUUCUUGCAUCCGCUUGUAACGUAAGUCGUACAGAAUUAAUGACAAUGCUGCAGUUCAGCGCGAUGCUGUAUACUGCGACUGCUAGGAUCGCACCUCGCUCAUCCUGGCGUUUCACCGCUCUUGUGGCCUGCAACUCCAGUACGGCGAUCACCGGCGAACAACCUGCUGCACCUGUGAAUGAAGACAAUGCUGAUGUUUCAAAAAUGCAAGAUGUGCUGAAAGAAAAGGAGCAGCAACCUAAGGAUAUGAGUUCCCAGACGACAUUUCAUAUGACAGAAGAAAGAAACAGUAGGAAGAAACGAUUGAAUGACAGCAAUAUAUUUUUCAAGCAAUUUCAAGCUGCCAAGUCUGUAAACGAUUUGUUGGACUUGGCAGUAUUACCAAACCUGUCUACAAGUAAUGCUUUGAAGCUGAUAUCAAGCAUAACUAAUCAGAUAAACAGUGGAAAAUCACAGGCAUUAGACAUUGAGACUGAUGAACGAUUUAUCCAUCUGAGGAAGAUAGUUCAGAGUGAUAAGAGUGGUGGGAAUGAAAAAUUAAAUUUGUCUAAAUUCUCUCAAUUAUCCACACCUGCAAUGAUUUCUGUAAUAACAUCAUUGAGAGAACAAAGAGACAGAAAUACUCCACUAUUAAAGAUGUUGUCGUACAAUAUCGUCAAAUACAAUAUAGCAUUAGAUUUGAACCAAUGUGCGACUUUGUUGUACAGCAUGGCUAUACUUAAUUUUCCAGACAAGGUCUUAUUAGAAAAAAUCGCAUGUGACUUACUGGAGUGUAUACCAAAAAACAAGAACACUGCUUUAAACAAAUCCAUAAUAACGUCACUAGGAUUUCUGCGUUACAAAAAUAUGGAUGUACUUGAUGCGUUCUGUAAAACAUUAUUUAUGAAAUCAAUGGAUUAUAAAUUUCUGGAUUAUUCAUCAAUACUACAAACGUUUGCGGUUCUACAGUACAAAUCCCAGAACUUGUUUCUCGAGAAAUUUACAGAACAUAUAACUCCAUUUCAAAUAUCUUGGAUUGAAUGGCUGGAUAUUGCUUGGUCCUUAGCAGUUUUAGAUGUAAUGGAAUCGCGACACGUAAAAUUCCUAUUGGAUCCUGCAUUAAUGGAAAAAAUAAGUGCUUGUAACCAGCUAAAUAUAUCAAAGAUAUUAAAAUUAUUAAAUAUCAACGCUGUUGCACAGUUUGUACUAAAGGAUUACGACGGACCUUUUUUAAAGAAAGAUUCAGAAUUUAAUAAUAUAUCUAUAGUUAGAUCAAAGGAGAAACAAAUGUACAUAAAUGCGUUGUUGGAAACAUUAACAGAAGUAUUACAGUCUUCGUCUUAUUUUAAAACAAAUUUUGAUACAAAUAUGGGUUUUUUAUUGGAUGCUGAAUAUCGCAUAAACAGUGAAAGGUUAGUGAAAGUGGAAGAUUGGAAUGAACAGUCGAAUAACGUACGAAGAAUAGCAAUAAUGAUGCAUGGUUACCACGAUUAUUGCAUAGGAGAGAAUGAUCUCGUAGGAUCGCAGUAUUUAUAUACGCAAUUAUUAAAAGCCAGAGGAUACGAAAUCAUACAAAUUUCUUACGAAAACUUCAGUGUACAAGACAAUGUAAAAAAACGGAUCAACUACUUGAAACAAUGCAUGAAUAGUAUAAAAGAAAUGAAACCAGCAAAACAAAUGAAAUUGAUAUAGUCCAAUAUUGGUCUAGUUCAAUAAAAUCCAGAUAAAAAUUUAAAAGGAAUGUAUAAAAAUAGAUGCU